AUGGGCUACAUUGGAAUCAGCCACUCAUUGCGUGGCAUCCACCCGAAGCGUCGUACCGCCAAUGGAUCUCUUGAGGCCAGCGACUUGGAACGCAAUGCCAAUGUCUCCUCGGAUCGGGUAAUCGUAGAUAACUUCUUUGGCCGAGUGUGCUCCCUCUGGCGCGUGUCCUGCGCCACGUACACGUGGUCCGAGCGAAACUACUCUGCGAUCCAGCGCGUUACGUUUGCGUUGACAAACUUUCGCUUGUCCUUGCUACCCUUGUGCCAUGAUGACGAGGACUUUUAUGGUCGUGUACUCGCUCGCUACCAACGCAUGGCGAAUGAAAAGAAGCGCAAGCGUCAAGAAACUCAACGCCGUUAUCGGUUGAACCGUCAAGAGCGUGCUGCUAUGGAUGCUGUUCGUGUCAUGCGCUUCUAG